UCUCCGUGCGACGGUAAAGUCUCGAGUGCAGUGCGGUGCGUGGUCAGUGUUUUGUGGUGCUCCUCCUCCAUCUCCUCAAAGAAGACAUGGCAGUCAACGGCAAGCUCCAGGCGGCGGCCGUCCUCCUCCCGGCCGUCCUGGCCAUGCUGCACGUGGCGGCCGCCAGGCCCGGCUACGCGCCUGUCCCCGUGCACAACGUCGACUACUACAGCCACCCGCGGUACGCGUUCAACUACGGCGUGAGCGACCCCCACACCGGUGACCACAAGCACCAGUCCGAGACGCGCGACGGCGACGUGGUCAAGGGCCAGUACUCCCUGGUGGAGCCCGACGGCUCCGUGCGCACCGUGGACUACACCGCCGACUCCGUCAACGGCUUCAACGCCGUGGUCAGCAAGUCCGGCCCCGGCAUCCACGACUCGCCCGCCAUCAAGGUGCCCGUGGCCGUGCCGCUGGCCACCAAGGUCGUCCAGCCCGUGGCCCCCGUGGCCGUGGCCGCCAAGCCGUACACCACCAUCGCCGCGGAGUACAGCGACAUCGCCUACGCGCCCGCACCGGCGCCCAUCGUUGAAACAGCGCACCCCCACCUGACGCACGCCGCCCUCAGCGCCCCGGCCGGCCACUUCCAGGAGUACGACGUGUACGACGAGGCCGGCAGCUACCUCGGCCUGCUCGGCAGCAACGGCCACUACACGGCGGCGGCCUCCGCGCCCCACGAGGCCUACUCGCAGUACGACGGCUACUACUAGUGCUGCAGGCCGCCGCGCAGGGGGCGCUGCAACAACUCGCCCCCCACCGCCUUCAAAAUAAGUCUGUGAAGCUGUGUGCAGAGCCGCGCUUAAGUUAUACGGGUGUCCGCGUGUUGAGUGUGUGCAUGUGCGUGUGCGUGUGUGUAGACUAGUAAUGUUGUGCUGUAAAUACAAGGCUUUCCGUUAUUAUUUUUAUUAUUAUUAUUUAUGACGCGCAACAAACGCCCAACCUCACUGCCCCGCUGUCUUUACGAUUUGUACUGUCUGUUAUCGAAAUUGCGAAUUAAACUUGGUUUUACAUCACCACGA